AUGUGUGGGCCGCCGGACGGCGCGGCGCGAGUAGCAAUGGAAAGCCCGCGCAGUGCGACCGCCGGCGCCGCGUUGUCGCUGGUCAUGAUAGCGGCGGCUGCCAGCGCCUACGUCUUCUCGUACGACGCGGACAUCUUCAUGACGACGUGCGAACUGGCGGCCACGGCGGGCUACCGCUGCGAGGAGCACGUGGUGCGCACGCGUGACGGCUACCUGCUGGCGCUGCACCGCCUGCCCCCCAAGGCGUCGGCCGGCGCGCGCCGCGGGCCGGUGUUGCUGGUGCACGGCAUCCUGGGCGCCUCCGACAACUGGAUCCUAGCAGGACGCGGCGAAGCGCUCGGAUACCUCCUGGCGGACGAAGGCUUCGACGUCUUCAUGGCAAACUUCAGAGGGAACUUCUACUCAAGAAGACACGAAUCGCUGUCUCCCGACGAGCCUGCCUUCUGGAGGUUCAGCUGGCAGGAGAUGGGCGAGCACGACCUGCCCGCUAUGCUGGACGCGGCGCGCCGCCUGUCGCGCUGGUCCAGCGCGCCGCUAGUGGUGUCGCACUCGAUGGGCGCGGCGGCGCUCUCCGUGCUCAUGUCGGGCCCGCGCGGGGCUUCCCCGCCAGGCCCUGGCCACAGCCGCGGGGCUCCCCCGCCGGGACACGGCCUCGCCCGAGGGGACUCCCCGACGGCGGUACGCGCCGCGGUCUGCCUGGCGCCCGCCGUCUUCCUGGCUCCGCCGCGCCGACCCUUCGGCCACCUGCUGCUAGAGUACUAUCCGGGCGUGGCGAUGGCGAUGGAGAGAGUGAACAAGUUCGAGCUGCUCCCCCGCACGCCUAGCAUGGGGCGCCUGUUCGAGUCUUUUUGUUCGCCACGUGCCGCCACGCACAGCUACUGCGUCGCCCUCUUCUCCUACAUCAUGGGACACGACCUGCCGCAACUGGACCAGGAUCGACUGCCGUCCAUACUGACGCACAUCUUGUCGGGCACGUCGACUCGUACUCUCAUCCACUUCGUGCAGAAUCACAAGGCCGACGAAUUCCGCGCGUUCGACCACGGACCAGAGGGCAACGUGCGCUUCUACAACCAGAGCACACCGCCCCGCUUCGACCUACGCCACUACGACGCCACGCCCGUAGCCGUCUUCUACGCCGACAACGACUACGCUGUCACCUUCAAGGAGGUGCAGCGCUUCUACGAGCUGCUGCCGCGGCGCAUCGGGAUGUUCCGCGUGCCCUACGACAACUUCACCCACAUCGACUUCCUCAUCGCCAGGGACCAGCGCAGGCUCCUCAACGACCGUGUCGUCGACAUUCUGAAGCGCUACUGACACGACUGCCGAUCAGUACCGGCCUCGCUGGAUCACUUCGUCGUUUCGCUGCCAACAGGCUAUUCAGCCGUCUAGUUAUGGAAGUAUACCAAUUAGUUCAUUCCAUCUGUGUGCAGCCGUCGUGUACGCUGCUUUGUCCGACAACAUCGUGAAGUAAACGUUCAUAUUACCAUAGUCAUAAAGCUUUUACAACCAUAAAGCUCUUAUCACCACAUCGGAAACAUAAAGAGCAUAAAACAUUUUUUAUUUGUUUGUAGGAACAUGUCCAUGUCGUUGUACGGACUGAAAUCCCAGCAUCAGCGUAGCAUGCCUGAGAAGAACCCAUUGACUAAGUGGCGUGUCAUGAGGUAGUUCCACCUGGAUUGGUCUGACUUAGCUGAAA